UGAGCAGUAUGGACGUUGCUCUUUAGAGGCAUAUUUGGUGGUGGAUCAGGGAAAUCAGAUGGUAUUUGUAAGAAUCAAUAUUAAAAAUAAUGGUUAUUUCAGAUCAAUCCAUCUGGAGACUAGCAAGAUGAUCUUGGAUCAUUUCCCUGACAUGUUUCCAGAAAGUUUUGGACUCUCAUCACAACAGCUCUUGUCUUAUGCCUGUCGUCUGGUGCAUGAGUUAAGUCUUGAGGGUUAAUAGAAUAUGGGAAAUCAUGGCUGUGGACAAUUGCAUUUGGUGUCCUGCCCUCGCCUGUAUCUUCCAGCUCUAUGAUCUAGCUUCUUUUUAAUGUAGCAGAAAAUAAUGAAGACGUUGAUACUAUUAAUCUAUAUUUACAUCAUGCCUAAUAAUAAUGAAUAAAUAAAUAAAUAAAGCUUUCAUUAUAUCCCACUCCCUCUCCCCAAAGGGACUUGAGGCAGCUUACAACACGAGAAAACAAUAUGCACAAUAUCAAUCACACUUACAAGCACAAUAGAUAAAGACAAAUCACAAUAGAUAAAAAUAAAAUCCAACAAACAUAAUUACUUACGUGUUGUCGAAGGCUUUCAUGGCCAGGAUCACAGGGUUGUUGUAUGUCUUUCGGGCUGUGUGACCAUGUUCCAGAAGUAUUCUCUCCUGACGUUUCGCCCACAUCUGAGGAUGCCUGCCAUAAAUGUGGGCGAAACAUCAGGAGAGAAUACUUCUGGAACAUGAUCACACAGCCCGAAAGACAUACAACAGCCCUAUAAUUACUUACGACUUAUAAACAUCAGACAUAUAAAUAUAAGACUUUAAACAGUUAAGACAUGGAGGGCUCUUCCACACAGCCAUAUAACCCAGAAUAUCAAGCCAGAAAAUCCCACAGUAUCUCCUUUGAACUGGGUUAUCUGAGUCCACACUGCCAUAUAUUCCAGUUCAAAGCAGAAAAUGCAGGAUUUUAUUCAAUUGUGUGGAAGGGGUCAUGCAUCUCACACCCGGUUAUAAAUACACAUGGGAUUUCAUCCUCUGUGUGCCUAUCUUUGUGUGUAAACAAUUAAUGCUCUUUGAAAUUAGUUGGAAUAUAUUUCUGAAGUCUGAUAGGAAUCACACAUUAAAUUAUUAUAGUGCACUUGUAUUUCAGGAGCUAAGAGCCCUUUUCUUAUUGAUUGAAUUCAUUCAAUACGUUUUUUUAUUGCAUUUAAACACUCCAGCAUAUUUUCCGGCUCCAGUUACAACUUGAUUGCAUUGGCAUAUUUGGAAUGUCCCCUUUUAUAUCAUCACAUCUGUUUAAUCAAGGUAAUAUUCCAUCUGCUACUGUGUUGCCAUAAUGCAAUGUGAACAAACUCAAGUUCUUCAUCCUGAACAGCUCAUAUAUUUCCUUCCUAGAGCAUUUGCUCUAUAUGAAAGUGUUCGCUUCUCCAACAAACUGUUACUCCACUCUUCUAUGGACGAUUCUGGAAUUAUUUUUUGAGUCAACUUAUUAUUACCUGUUUUCUGCAAGCAAUAGAAUUGACUACCAAUGGGACUGUGGUGGCUAUAAAAUAUGAAACUGUUCAUUCUUGCUAAGGCUCAGUGUCGAAGAACUUCUUGUUUUUUUAUCCACAUCUGCCAUUACUAGAAAUCUUCAGAAGAUAUGGAAUACUUGUCAUGUUUAUCUGAACGGAUUUUGAAUGAGAGUUUCUUUUACAGGAGACUUCGAGCCAAUACCUCCUUCUCUUUGGAUACAUCUUCUUUGAACAGUACCUCCUACUCUUUGGCUACAGCCUCUUUGCAAAGCAUCGAUGCAUGGGUUGCCUAUCCUCCUUAUUUUAAGAUAAACAUGUUUUUGAUCCCACCAGUUAUAUGCCUUAUAGCAGCCAUCCUGGUCAUUCCUUUCAUCUUGUUUGUGAUUUUCUCCCAAGACAACAUCCGUCAGGAAACAAGGUACUUGUUACUGGGGAAUGCUUUACUUUGUGAUUUGCUAUAUCUGAUACUCUACACCAUGUCUGAGGUUUUCAGUGCAUCUUACCUCAAGCUUCACAAAACCACCUGCGUGGCUUUGCUGUUUUUGUUGGCAAUGACUUACUGUGGAGGGUUGCUGACAGCGGUAGCGAUGGUCUUGGACACCUAUCUGGCCAUUAUUUGGCCUCUACAUUAUCUCUCCAUCUUGCCUUCUGCACGCACCAAGAAACUGAUACUAUUCCUAUGGAUCUCCUCUGGGAUUUUCCCUGGGAUUGUCUUCUCAAUACUUGGGAGUGCUGAGAAACCCAGUCUGUGUCCUGUGGAAGACUGUUCUGUUCCCAUAAUUCUGGCAAUGACUUUACAAGGAAACAAUGCAGUGAAAUGUUGCUAUGUGCUCUCCGUCUCUGCCCUUUUUCUCUGCCUGUCCCUCAUUCUCUGCUGUUAUAUGAUCCUGUAUUUCAAAACAAAAGAGUCAGGGAUAUGGAAGAGCAUUUUCUCUAGAGCCAGAGUGACAUUCCUGAUGCACCAAAUUAUCUUGUUCUUUCAUUUCUCUCCUGUCUUGGCCACUGUGGUGGAGUCACUCCUGUAUGUCAAUGCUGUCAUAGGGCCACGGACAGGGAUGUGGCUCUCUCUGGUUGUCUGCAAUGUGUUGAUCAUAAUACCCAAAGCUUUGUUGCCUUAUCUGUAUGGGCUCAGAUACAGGGAGAUCUCCUCCUCCCUUAAGUUCUUCAUUAGGCGGAAACGUUCUACUGUCGUGGCUCCUACUUCACUGGCAUGA